CCUUUUCCCUUGUGUUUAAAAUGUAUCUUCUAGGCUUCAUUGCUUCAAUCGCCCGAAGCCCAUGGAGGCGGGAAAAAACACUGGCGAACAGGAGUGAAGCAGCAGAUGGAGAACUGUCUUAGGCCUCAAUCACGCACAACAUCAAAUUCUCUAGAAGAAUCCAAGCGCUCUCUGGAUUCUGAUUCAGAAUCACCUGAGAAGCCAUCGAAGAUCGCACGAACUGAGGAUUCCGGUAAUGAGAAAUCUGAUAAUAGCCAAAUUAUGAAUCAAAACCCUAGAAUCCAGAGAUACUUAAUCGCAGUCGAGUACAUCGGAACUCGCUUUUCUGGUUCACAGCAGCAACUUAAUUGCAGAACCGUUGUUGGCGUUCUUGAGGAGGCUUUUCAGAAAUUUGUCGGAAAACCUGUUUCAAUCUUCUGCUCGAGUCGAACUGAUGCAGGAGUUCAUGCCUUAUCAAAUGUCUGCCAUGUAGAUGUGGAGCGUGUAAGCAAAAGGAAGCCUGGGGAAUCGUUGGCUCCUCAUGAACCUACAAUUGUUAGGAGAGCAGUGAAUCAUUUCUUACAGAAAAGUGAAGGUGACAUUUUGGUGAUCGAUGUUCGAUGUGUCCCAGCUGAUUUUCAUGCUAGAUAUAAAGCUCUAGAAAGAACGUACUUCUACCGAAUACUGUCUGGGCCAGAGCCUUUGUCAACGUUUGAUAAAGAUCGGGCAUGGCAUGUACCUGGAGACCUGGAUCUUGCUGCUAUGCAGAAAGCAUGCAAAAUACUUGUUGGAUGUCAUGAUUUCAGUUCAUUCAGAGCAGCAGGGUGCCAGGCUAAAUCACCUAUUAGAACAUUAGAUGAACUUCAUGCUUCUGAGGUAGUUUCAACACCUUACUUUCCUUCAAGUAUAGAGAGAGGACAGGCAAGUUUUGCAGCGCAAGAUCCACUUUUGUGCCUCAAUGCAUCAGAUGAUAAGCUUACUAACAAGGCUCCAUUUCCCAAUCAUGAGAAUAUACAAGGACCUAGUAAAGGAGGUGGUCUAGAAUUUGGACAAAGAAAAAGGCAUCAUUGCUAUGUUGUAACUGCACGCUCCCGCUCUUUCCUUUAUCACCAGGUCAGGCUGCUUGUUGGUGUUCUGAAAUGCGUUGGAACUGGGGAACUUACUGCUGAUGAUGUUGAAAGAAUCCUGAAUGCAAAGACAGUGACUGCUGCGAGUCCCAUGGCCCCUGCUUGUGGUCUCUACCUUGGAAAUGUGAAAUAUGAUCUCCCAUGAGAUUUCAGAAAUAGAUCGAUCUGCUGCAAAAUUUGAAGCAUUUUGCACACUUGCCCAGUGGAAGCUGAUCAUACAUAUAUUGCUUGAUCAUGAAUCAUAUUAGCCAAUUCCUGGAGCUGAGUGAAGAAAGCUGGUAAAACUAUUUUUUGCUUCAGCAAGACAAUAGAUUUAAGCCUAACAUAUUGAGCAACAUGCAGCAUCACUGAACUUUGUGGCCUAGAAGUUCUCUUUGCAAUGAUGCAAUUUUCUCAUCUAAUACUUGCAGCCUCAAGUUUUUCUGGAAAGAUUGGACCAGGGAACUUGGUGAGUAAACACAGGUGUGAGUGACCAUCGUGAUUGAAAUUCUUCUUCGAAUGCUGAAUCUGUUCUAAGACAUAAUCUUAGUCUUUGAAGGCUAGAGAAGCCCAUGCGCCUUAUGAAAAUCUCAUUACGUUUUAAUAAUUGAAUGUUAUUUUUUUUAAAUAGAAUUUCCUAUUGAAAUUA